GCAUCAUUCACUAAAACUCCUUUAAGAUCCUAUGUCCACAAGGGUUUACCAAAGAACAUGAUCGUGCGUGCAGCAAGUGAAAAGAUUCAAGGCCAGGUGAUUGGUAUCGAUUUGGGAACAACCAACAGUUGCGUGUCAGUUAUGGAAGGCAAGACACCUAGAGUUAUUGAGAAUGCAGAGGGUGGAAGAACCACUCCAUCUGUGGUAGCUUUCACAAAGGAUGGAGAGAGACUUGUAGGCCAACCUGCCAAAAGACAGGCUGUUGUGAAUCCAGAAAAUACUCUUUUUGCCACAAAGCGUUUGAUUGGACGCAAGUUCACAGAUGAUGAAGUAAAGCGUGAUAUCAGUGCUGUGCCUUACAAGAUCGUGGCCCACACAAACGGCGAUGCCUGGGUGGAGGCGCGUGGCAAACAAUAUUCGCCUUCGCAAAUCGGAGCUUUUAUUGUGGGCAAGAUGAAGGAAACUGCCGAAGGAUUUUUAGGAAAAAAGAUCAAGAAUGCAGUAGUGACCGUGCCGGCCUAUUUCAACGAUUCACAACGUCAGGCGACAAAAGAUGCCGGUACCAUUGCUGGUCUUAAUGUUCUCCGGGUUAUCAAUGAACCGACCGCAGCUGCCCUUGCCUACGGUCUUAACCAGGACAAGGUUGGAGACAAGUCGGUGGCUGUGUAUGAUCUGGGUGGAGGUACCUUUGAUAUUUCCAUUCUUGACAUCCAGUCCGGUGUCUUUGAGGUCAAGAGCACAAACGGCGACACUCAUCUUGGAGGAGAAGAUUUUGACAUUCUGUUGUCUGGAAUUGAUUUGUCUGGAGAUCGUAUGGCUGUUCAGCGUAUUCGUGAGGCAGCCGAAAAGGCAAAGAUCGAAUUGUCAUCGACUGUCCAGACUGACAUCAACCUUCCAUAUAUCACUGCUGACGCGACUGGUCCCAAACACAUCAACACAAAACUCACACGCGCAAAGUUUGAGCAGAUGGUGAAACCCUUGGUGGACAAAACCCUCGAGCCCUGUCGCAAGGCUCUCAAGGAUGCCAGCACAACCGCAGCUGAUAUUGGAGAGGUCAUUCUGGUCGGUGGUAUGUCUCGUAUGCCAAAGGUUCAAGAGCUGGUCAAGUCUAUCUUUGGCAAAGAUCCAACCAAGAGCGUAAACCCAGAUGAAGCCGUUGCUAUGGGAGCAGCUAUCCAAGGUGGUGUACUGGCUGGAAGUGUAACAGAUCUGCUUCUGUUGGACGUGACUCCUUUGUCACUUGGUAUUGAGACUCUGGGCGGAGUAUUUACCCGCCUGAUCAACCGUAACACGACCAUUCCUACCAAGAAGUCCCAGACAUUCUCGACAGCAGCCGAUGGCCAGAAUGCGGUCGACAUCAAGGUCUACCAGGGAGAGCGUGAGCUGGUUCGGGACAACAAGCUGCUCGGAAACUUCCAGUUGACCGGUAUCCCGCCUGCUCCUCGUGGUGUACCCCAGAUCAAUGUCGAGUUUGACAUUGACGCAGACGGUAUCGUGAACGUGAGUGCCAAGGACAAGGCAACCAACAAGGACCAGAGCAUGACGAUCGCCGCCUCUUCUGGUCUGAGCGAGUCUGAGAUUGAAGCAAUGGUCAGACAAGCCGAAGAGAACGCUGAGACAGAUCGUCGUUAUCGCGAGACAAUUGAGAUGGCCAACAGAGCUGAUUCGGUCGUCCACGAUACUGACAAAGCUCUCGAGGACUUUAAGGACCAGCUCGAUGCCUCGGAAGCAGAGGGUUUGCGCUCCCAGAUGCAGACCAUACGCGAGGAAGUGGCCAAGGCUCAGGCCGGUGAUGCCUCGGUCCAGCCUGAUGAUCUCAAGGCCAAGAUUGAUAGCCUUCAGCAAGCAAGUCUCAAGUUGUUUGAGAUGGUCUACAAAAAGCGAGCGGGCCAGAACGAAGGCACCGAUGCUUCUAGUGGUACAACAAAUAAUGGACCAAAGGAAGGAGACUUUGAGGAUGUCGACAAGGACAAGAAGUAAAAGGAAAAACUUAAAAAAAAAAAACAAAAACAAGAAACUUAAAGCUAAAAUUUAUCUUUAUCUUUAUAUAUAAAAGUUACAAGAAGGAGAAGACAAAAAAUUCCACCUAGGAUAUAUUUUAUUACUGAAUAUAUUUUUAUAUAUAUGAAAGAAAGAGUGAGUGAGUGAGCGAGUGAGUUUAUCUAAAAGUAAAGGAAAGUAAAAAGGUGAAGAAGAAAAGGUAUACAGCAAAGAGUUGAAAAUGUACAGAAUGCCAUGAAGAGAAGAGAAAGAAUGAACGAUAAAGAAGAUAAUAAGGAGAUUAUAAUACAAAGUCAUAUAAGAAGCUUUCAUUUGUUUGUUCGUUUGUUUUUUUUUUUUGGUGCUUUUGUAAAAUUUAAUGACGAGCAGUAGCAGUAGUGGUAGCAGCAGCAGCAACAGCAAUGGCAGCCACAACAGCAACUGCAGCAGCAAUAACAGCAGUAGUGUUAACAGCAGAGACAUAAGUGUAAGCAGUGUUGGUUACAAUAGCAAUAGCCUUGCUUGCAUUUGUUGUUGUGUUUGCCGUUGCUGUUUUUAUUGUUGUAGCAGGUGUAGCAGGUGUAGUAGCAGGAAUAGAUGCAGCAUUAGCAGCAUCAGCAGCGUCAGGAGUAGAUGCAGGUGCAGAUGUAGGUUCAGGUGUAGAAGCAGGUGUGGUUGUUGUGAUGGGUUUAGCAGGUUUAUUAGUUGCAGAAGGACCCCAGCCAUAAGACCGCUUGACUGCUUCGUUCCAGCCGUUGUACAUUGCUUCCCGACGUUCGCCGGUGAUUUUGGAGUCAAAGAUCAUCCGUCCUUCGGUGUUUAUGAGUGCCAGUUCGUCAAAGGACUUCCAGAAACCGGUUGCAAAGCCGGCAGCAAUGGCCGACCCGAGUGCAGUCAUCUCGCGCAUCUGGGGCCGGUCCACGUGAAUGCCAAGCACAUCAGCCUGGAUUUGCAUGCAGAGGUCCGAGUUGGACAUUCCGCCGUCGACCUUGAGGGAUCUGAGGGGCUUUCCGGACUCUUUGUUCAUGGCCUCCAGGAUUGCACGGGAUUGGUAGCAGACUGCCUCCAGAGUUGCUCUGCAGAUGUGUUCGAGACGGGUGAACUGGGUCAUGCCACAGAUCGUGCCACGCGCAUCGUCUCUCCAAUAGGGCGCAAACAGACCGGCGAACGCAGUGACAAAGUAGACCCCGGCAGACGAAUCGACCGUCGACGCAAGCCGGUUGAGGUCCAGGGCGUCCUCGAUGACACCCAGGUUGUCUCUGAGCCAGUUGAUGGACGAACCGGCAACGGCAACCGAGCCUUCCAAGGCGUAGGCUGGAGGGUGGUCGCCGAACUGGUAGGCCACCGUAGUCAAGAGGCCGUUCUUGGAGAUGACGGGAGCAGAACCGGUGUUGAACAACAUAAAGCAGCCUGUACCAUAGGUAUUCUUGGCAUCGCCUACGUUGAAGCAUUUCUGGCCAACCAAGGCAGCCUGUUGAUCACCCAAGCAGCCGGCAAUAGGAACGCCCUCCAGAGACCCCUCGUCGACCAGACCGUAGAUCUGAGAAGAGGAGACGAUUUUUGGCAUGUGGAUCUGAUCAAAUUUGAAGAAGUGUUUGGCUUCCUCGCUCCACUGUAGUGUGUGAAUGUCCAUGAGCAUUGUUCGGCUAGCGUUGGUUACAUCGGUUACAAGAACAUUGUUCUUUUGUCCUCCAGUCAAAUUGUAAAUCAACCAGGUAUCAACUGUUCCAAACUGAAGACGUUGUUGCUGUUGUGCUUGUUGAACGAUAGGAACGUUGUCAAGUAGCCAUCUCAGUUUGACUGCUGAAAAGUAGGUGGUGAGGGGAAGACCGCAGAGAUGUCUGAGACAGUCGACACCCUUUGGAUCGGUUGCAGCCAGGGCCUUUACGGUUUCGGUGGUACGAGAAUCGCUCCAGACAAUGGCGGGAUGGAGGGGUUGGCCGGUCAAUCUAUCCCAGGUGACUACUGUCUCUCGCUGGUUGGUGAUGCCGAUGGAUGUGAUAUCGCUUGCUUUGUGACCGAGGAUCUUUAGUUUAUUGACUGCAUGUUCGAUACAUGUCCUUGCAGUGUCAAUGAUUUCAUAAGGAUCAUGUUCCACCCACCCUGGCUGUGGAUAGUGCUGCUCCAACUCCAUCUGAUGGAAAGUGACAAUCGAGCCAUCCUUGUCAAAGACAACAAAGCGGGUCGAGGUCGUGCCUUGGUCAAGGGCUCCAACGAAUUGAGGCAUCAAAAUAUGAGAAAGUUGAGAAAAAUUUAAGAAAUGUAGAAUUUAC